CUCGAGAUCUCGAGGAGUUUGUCUUGGAAUCUCUUGCCGUCAGCCCCGGGGGUGCCACCAUCGCACACUCUCCGCUCCCCACCCCCAUCGCCCAGUCCCUCGACUGCCGUGUUGUCUGGCCUGCCGCCCGAACCAGCUUCUCUAUCUCGCCAAUCUCGUCAACCUGCGUGCUGCGAAACGAUGGACACCGCACCAUCGGCCGCUGCACAGCCCUCAUCGUCAUCCUCGCCGCCGCCCGAAGCACCCUCAACGUCGUCGCCUCCGCCAGCGUCGCUGCUGCCCACCCGCAAGAGAGUCAAGGUCUACCAGCUUGAUACCGAGGGUCAAUGGAUCGACAAGGGCACUGGCCAUGUGGCCUGUGUCCUUGACCAGGAGCUGCAUGGCAUGUGUUUUCAGGUCAAAUCGGAAGAAGAUGCGUCCGUGGUUCUACUCUCAAGGAUAUCCCCCGACAGCGGUGUCUAUCAGCGACAGCAAGAUACGCUGAUUGUCUGGAGCGAACCAAGCGGCGAAGACUAUGCUUUGAGCUUCCAAGAGGCACAAGGUUGCCAAGAUAUAUGGGAAGAGCUGGAGGAUAUUCAGAGAACCCAGGAGAGAUUGCCAGCCGCCACGUCUCUCCCCGACCCCACCUUGGGAAAUCUCAAGGUCAUCGAGUCUUUCCUCUUGCAGCACAACGGCACACCAUACGGAAAGGAGUAUCUUACUCAAUCACUGUCAGAAUCGCAAUUCAUUCAAAAACUCCUCCCGCUACUAAACGACUGUGAGGAUCUCGAAAACACCGAAGACCUCUAUUUACUUUCAUCUAUCAUCCGGAUCAUCAUUUUCUUGAACGACAGCCAUAUUUAUGAGACCAUCUUGAGCGACGAUGCAUUCAUGAACGUCAUCGGAAUUCUCGAGUACGAUCGCGACUUUCCGAACUCCAAAGCGAGCUACCGCGACUAUCUCAACAACGACGCCAAGUUCAAGCAAGUCAUCCCCAUCAACAACCCCGAGAUUGAAAGCAAGAUCGUCCAGACAUACAGAGUGACCUUUCUCAAGGACGUUGCCCUUGCUCGGCUCCUGGACGAUGGGACUUUUUCGACCUUGAACUCGAUGAUUUUCUUCAACCACAUCGAUAUUGUCUCGCACUUUUUGCAAAACGACGAGUUUCUCGACAAAAUCUUUGCCAUCCUCAACAGCGAAGACGAGCCCGACAAGAAGAAAGAAGUCAUCAUGUUCUUGCAUGAACUCUGUGGAAUCGCCAAGACCCUUCAGCCGAUCAGCAGAAAUGCGUUUUACAGAUCCCUGGCGCAACACGGAUUGUUUUCGAUAUUCGAAUAUACCCUUGGGCACGAUGACACCUCUGUUCGGCUGGCAGCCACAGCUAUUCUCUCUAAUAUCCUCGAUCACGACCCAUCGCUGGUUCGCUCGUUUUGUCUGGCACAAGUCCGAUCUCAGCAGCGCCCUCUGAUCGACGUCAUCAUCGAACGGUUUGUCAGCGAGACCGACACUGGACUGCGUAUGCAGAUCUCGGAGAUCAUCAAAGUCCUCCUGGACACGGCCGGAUCGGAAACCAACGGCGGCUUUGAGAUGGCUGUCCGUAAUGUGACAGGAGCAGGCGGAACGCCAAGCGCAGAGGCCGAGGAGUUCCUGGGGAUUUUCUACGAAAGCUAUAUUUCCAAGCUGACUGCCCCGGUCCGCGACCUGGACACAAGCAGCUUGCCGAAGGUGACCAUCGAUGAAACGGUCUUUUUUGAACUGGGUGAAAAUCUGUCCUCGUUGUGUCACCACAUUUGCGACUUGAUUUGCUUUGCUGUCAAAAACCAUUCCUAUCGGAGCAAAUACCACAUUCUGGGCUCCAAGCUUCUCGACAAAGUCGGAAAGCUUCUGAAGGCCAAGGAAAGCUACAUCCGUCUGUCGGCGCUGAAAGUCUUUCGAACCUGUGUGGGGAUGAAAGAUGAUUUCUACAAUCGCUCGAUGGUAUCGUCCGAGACCUUCAAGCUCAUCCUGACAGCGUUUGUGGAAACCAAGGCUCGUUACAAUCUUCUGAAUUCAGCAUGCCUGGAUCUGUUUGAAUUUAUUCGAAAGGAAAAUAUGAAGGUUCUGAUCUGUCACGUGGUCGAGAAUUACCGAAAAUACUUUGACGACGUCGGCUACGUCUCUACCUUCACCAGUCUUGUGCAGAAAUACGAGCAGCUACAAGAAGUGCAAAAGUCAGACGAGGACAGCGCCACCACGCCGAGCACCCUCAAACGGGAUGGCUGGGAGAAACAAGAGGACGAUGAGGCUUACUUCAACACCGAUGACGACGAUGAUACGGAGAAUACGGAUGCCCAGGGCAAUGCCUCGAUACCAGAACAGGCCCUCGAAAGCACGGCCGACAGUAGUGGUAACAACGGCUCGCUCGUUCCAAAGAGUGCUGACGCCCCGAAGCCACCGUCUGUCCUGCGCAAAAUCGAGUUUGUGAAGGAAGGUUCAUCGGUAGUUGCCCCGCCCAAGCUGGUUGACUAUCCAGAUGACGAUGACUCGGAUGAGGAGGAUCUGAUAUCGUCCAAGCGAAGAAUCACUCCGAAGCGCAAGGGCUCGCUCGUCUUUAACGUUCACAAGAAAGCGCCAAGUCCAAUCAACACCUCAUCCAUUGAGCCGGGACAAAACGACGGCUUACCAAGCGACACUGCUGCGAUUUCGGCCUCAAAACGAGGGCACGGCGCACUAGAAUCCCCCGAUCGAGCGCAUCCGGCUCCCGGAAACAGCCUUCCUGAAGUUGAGCCUGCUGGUGCAGUUCCGCCGACAACCACCGAUACGGCGCUCAGUAGCUUACCAGAUACCGAAAACACACCGCUGCAAGUGCAAGGGAACACCGAAAUUCGUAAAAAGGUCAAGUUCUCAUAGAGCCCGGUGCGGCGGAGAUGCUGUGAAGCAGCUGGAUAUAGUCUGAGGGAGAGAAAACAAACAAACAAACAAACAAACAAAUCCAUCCACACGCUUCACAAACGAGUCCCUCUGAUGCAGCCACAACCAUGCUCCCGCUUGGGACUAUACUAUGAUACUGCGGCGAUGGUGGUGGGAGGGAGGGGGACUGCGCUGGUGGUA